CGAAGGGCGAAACUUUGAAAGUGGUAGUGGCAGUAUACAAAAACUUUUAAAUUAACACAUAAACUUUAUGAAACUUUGAGUAGUACAAAAUUUGAGUAAAAUAACAUUAAUUUCAGAAAUUAAAUUCAUAGUAAAGUAAUUUUAUCACUCACUAACAUGGCUAAAUUGUUAUAUUUGUUUUUGAUGUUGUGUUUCGCUUUCGGAAACUCGGAUAAAGGCGACCUCAAGUUCUACCAAGAAAAAAAUUUCCACGAACCGCACGAUUUUACCGACGACGACAUAAAAGCAAUCGCCAACCUGUCCGAUUUGGAUCACUUUAAGGCUGUACUUAAUGAGAUAUUAAUACCGCGAGUGGUCGGUACACCGAAUCACGAGAAAGUCGGAAAUUACAUAGCCAACGAGAUGCGGACCAUGGGCUGGUCAGUGACCGAAAACGUGUUUCCCGAUCACACGCCGGUGUUCGGAACGUUGAAUUUUAAGAAUAUUAUCGCUGAAUUGAAUCCUAAUGCCGACAGAUACUUGGUAUUGGCAUGUCAUUAUGACAGUAAAUAUACAAGGGAACACGUUUUUGUUGGUGCAACUGACUCGGCGGUGCCCUGCGCCAUGCUCUUGAACCUGGCCAAGGUGAUGAAAAAACAGCUGGAGAGGCUGAAGGAUGCCAACCUCAGUCUCAUGUUCAUAUUCUUCGACGGUGAGGAGGCCUUCCGGCAGUGGGGCCCCACUGACUCCAUCUACGGCGCCAGGCAUUUGGCCAAGAAAUGGCACGAAACGCCGUACAGGGAUGGCGCUAAUAACUUGCAGAGAAUGGACGUUAUGGUACUGCUGGAUCUCCUCGGAGCACCGGAUCCGGUGUUCUUCAGUUAUUUUCAAUCGACGGAGAAGUGGUACGUCCGUCUCGCCUCCGCCGAACAGCGCUUAGCCGAAUUAGGAAUGUUCGAUGCGUACACGAGAGGGAAAUCGGAGCAGACCUACUUCAGGCUGAUGAGUUCGGGAGCGGUCAUCGAGGACGAUCACAUUCCAUUCAUGAGACGAAACGUGGACAUCUUGCACGUGAUUCCGUCGCCUUUCCCCAGCGUGUGGCACACGGCGGGCGACGACAUGACCGCCCUCGACUUCAACACAAUAGAGAACCUAAAUAAGAUAUUCAGGGUGUUUGUUGCGGAAUACCUCCACGUCACCCCCUAACGGUACGCGAACGAUUUCAAACGUAUUCAAAUCAAUAGAAAUAUUAGUGAACGCAAAACAAAAAAAAAAUUGUAACGGUAUGAUAUUUCGUAGCGGACCGUAGAGACAAAGCUAGAAGCACAAACUGUGUUGUCUUGAUGAUAGAUAAUAUUCGUAUAGAAUUUUUUAUUUUAGUAAUUAUCGCUUAAUUAUUGCCUUAUAUGUAAUAUGUAACAUUAGUAACGCAAAAUUGUAUAAAACAUGUCUUGUUGUGAUGUGAUUUUUGAUAACAUAUUUAUUGACGUACCGUUUUGAGAGGGAGGAAACUUUUUUUUUUUAAUGAUAAUGUUCAAAUUUUUAUUUAUGCUAUUUAAACUGACGUUACGUUAUUAUCGUGACUGGAGCACGACGUCUGGUACUAAUUUGUUACCGAGGAACGAUAAUUUAAUUUUUUAUAGUAUAAUGAUCGCCCUGUACAUUAAAGUAAUUUA